GUUUUUGUUAUAAACUGUGUGGUAUUUUCCUGUCGAUCGCCACGGCCAAGCAGUCAAAUUUUGAGAUGGACCUAAUAUUUUACCAAUUAACACGUUUUGACAUUUAGCACCGUCUAUAGUUAAUCCUACAAUGUUAGACUGUUCCAGUACAUUCUUUAUAUUGUCUUCAUAUAUAGUUUUAUCUCAAAAACUUUCUUUUACUGUAUUAUGACAGAGUUUUACGUUGAUACUGUUCCUAUGAAGACAGCAUUUCGUGUUUUUAUAUCUUACAUUUCCUUAAUGUUAAUAAGUUAUUAAUUAUCCAGAUAUUUGUCCUUGUUUGCUGAUAUUUAUAUCUGUUUAACACUUUCCGGUGAUAAGGUGAUUAAUUGCCUCCCUUUGGGAUGGUUUGUUUUUUUUUCGUGCUCGUGACUAUGUUAAACCAAAAAAUUCAACAUUUAAACUUAUACAAUUUUCCAAAAAUCUACUUAACAUUUCCAAAUAUACGGUUUCUAACAAAUCGCCAAUUAGAAGAAGAUGACAGUCGGUCAGGAGAUGUAUGGAGCAAGGCUGGACAGGAAGAACAUUCCUCCUCCUCUGUCCCUAGCUAGCUUCAACUACCCCUCCCUUUCCCUCCAACAGCACCACAUUCCGCUCAACAACUCCGUACCCAAAUCUGCUCCUCCUCAAUCCACCAACACUGAUCUCAUGCAGCAGCUGCAGCUGCAUUUCAUGCUACAGAACGAGAGCAAGACCCCGGGUCCUCAGCUACAACAGAACCACUUCUCGCAGUCCGGACCCCUUCAAUCUCAAUUCUCGACACCAGGACCCCUCCAACCAGGACCCCUCCAAUCCCAGUUCUCAUCCCCCUCCUCUCUACCCUCUCACUCAAGCUUUACUCCCUCCAACCUUCAGAUGUACAACAACAGUCCCAUGUCUCCUCUGGUGCCCAUGUCCAUGGACUCCCCUGCUAUGAUGGCUCAGAACUUUGCCCAGGACCAGCAACAGCAGGACGUCAAGAACAACGCUAGCCGCUACAAAACUGAACUGUGUAGACCCUUUGAAGAGAGUGGCAGCUGCAAGUACGGAGAGAAAUGCCAGUUUGCUCAUGGACUCAACGAGCUACGAAACCUCUCCCGACACCCCAAAUACAAGACGGAGCUUUGCAGAACCUUCCACACCAUCGGGUUCUGUCCUUAUGGUCCCAGAUGUCACUUUAUCCACAACACAGAAGAGAAACGAGCCCCUCCUAUCUCUCCAGGACCUCAUAACUCUGGAAACGCAACCCUGCAGACCCUACCAGCUCUGCUGUCGCUCUUCCAACAGAGCUCUAACGUUAACAAGGUCAUGGGACUGCUGUCCAAGAUGCAGCUACAGUUAGGAGGCAAGACCCCUGACGAGGUGCUGCAUUACCUGAACCUUAACUCCGCUAAUCUGAUGACACCACCAAACACUCCCCAGCACAUGUUCAACUUCCCCGAGUACAUUGUUCCCGCUGCUCAUGCUCUGAAUCAGGCAACACGACCCUCCUCUGCUGUGAUGCGCAACAACAACAACAAUCACAACAACAACAACAACAAUAACAACAACGACAACAACACCUCCAACAUUCACAGCUACUUCAACUUUAACCUGGCGAUGAAGGACAGUCACCUGUCUGGUCUCCUCUCCGCUGCCAACCUCCACUCCCCCGGAGUCAUGUACCCUCCGCAGAACUCGGGCAGUCCUGCAGGCACCCCGCCUCUUCAGGUCCAGGGUCCCCUCAGCACUGGAACUCUCAGCAACGAGAGCAGCCCUAUGUCCGAUAAAUCGGGGGAGAUGCCGCCACAACACUUCGUCCAGCACAUCCAACAGCAGCAGCAGCAAUACGGUGAGAUGAGAGGUUACCAUGACAACAAGAUGUACCACCAGGGAUCCGGAGACGUGAAGCUCAGUACCGAGUACAUGAUGCCCGGUAGGGUGAUCCAGGAGGACCGGGGAGAAUUCACCACUGCAAACGGCAAGAGACUGCCCAUCUUCAACCAACUCUCGGAUCCUGUUUGCUAGAUGUUAUCCUUCAGGACUUCGUGAUCAAAUACUGACGUUACGUCUGAUGAUAUCUCGUCUCAGACCGGUUUUCAUGGCAACGUAUCUUGCUUAGCGUGGGUGAUGUAUCCUACAAUUUGCGUUGCUGUGACAGCGUGUUAAUUUCUAUAGUGCCUUCGUGAAAUUAAAUUUUUAUUUAUAAUUAUUUUUGUAUUUAUAUGAACAGUUCAUUCUUCAAUCCGGUGUUCAUUUGAUUGGGAAUAAUGUUUUCGCGAUUUGUCAUCCAUCUUUUGACCAGAGCUUCUUUUGGAGACAGCUCUUUGUGAAAAGUAAUGAAGAAUCAUAUUUUGUUUGUUAUCCGUUAAUUUAGAAUUUUUGUUCAUUUAGUACUUUUAUCACCACUCCGUUCACAUAAUGAUAAACAUGUUCACCAUAUGAUUGUUGUCAACCGGCAAAAGUGGCAACUCUGUCGUGAUCUGUGUAUCGUAGCGGCGGUUAUUUUGGAAGGUUCUAAUCUCCUUAGAUUAGUUAAUGUUAGAUUGAGCUCAAUAUUGUGAAGCAUAGCCGAGUUUAGAGUAUCCCUUUCUUAUCACUGGUUGCACAGAUCACGACACAGUUUCCCCUGAAAUAAUUUAUGUUCUCCAGGCCCGCGUUUUGUUGUGUUAUAUAAGGUUUAGUUGAUAUUUAUUAAUUAAACAUUGUUAAUGUUAAUUGACUCGUAAAUACAUGGACACGGAUAUUCGGAAUUGUUUGUGAAGGAGGUAAAGAAGUUGUUUGUGAACGUUAUUUUGAUCUCAUCGGGUUAACGGCUCAAAAUGUUUAAAUUUUACACUACAACUGAGAAGAACUAAUUAUCCUUUACUUUAAUUUUUGUUUCGAACUUAUUUAAAAUUUAAAGACUUCCGAAUGCCAUUAGAAGAAACGCAUGCCAUUCUGUGUAUAGGAGAAACUUUAUUUGCAUGGAACGGGACAGCAGAUACCCUUGUUAUCUGCCGUCAUGUUAUCUACAUUUCAGCUGCAUGAUCAUUUAGGAUAAUUUUAUUUGCAUAUAUAGCUGGAACUUGGUUCUUAAAUCCAUUCAGUUCUAGAAUAUAAGAAUAUUUGUUGUUUUGACUAUUGAAAAUUAUGCAAGUAACAGUAUGAAUUAUAUUUAUUUGUUUGACAAUUUAUAAUAUAGAUGACUGUUAUAGUGAUCCAAUAUGUAUAAAAGAACGCGUAUAAUGUGUCUACAUCUUUGACGUUGAACUGAUUACGCAAAUUUAUAUUAUGUUCAUGAAUAUUCUGAGCUAUGGUUGAUUGUUCACAACAAUCUCACAUUUUCAAACGAAGAGGAAUUGAGCACAAUUUUAGGAAACUAUUCAAUCAUUAAAUAAUUAGAAAUCCGUGAUUUGGUUAACAGUCCUAUCGACUUGAUUAGUAUUUGAAAAUAAUAUUUAAAGUUACUGAGGAUAAUUUAUAAUAUAAUACAUAUUGAGCAAUGACUAUUUGUGAAAUAAACCAUUGAUUCGAAGCUCGCGGCAUUUCUAUUCCGUAAUAACACUUUCCGCCUUCUUUGAACUACAAUUUUUGGGGUGCUAAAUAUUAUUUAUUUUCUAUUAUCUGUUGUCUGGACCUUUAUCUGUUGUCUGGACCGUUAACUCACACAGGAUAUUACGUAGUAGGGGACUCGGAUCGGUAUUACUGAGUAUUGAAUGUUUGUUUCGUGUAGUUGAUGAUAAGUGUGUUGAGAUCCCAUUUAACUUAACCGCAUCCCAUCUUUCUUGUGAUCAUAAUAUUUGUAAAGUGAGUUAACUGACUUAGAGAUGUCCGGUGUGUCCUGUGUUACUGUCCUCCGUGUUUCGGGUCAAUUUACGGCCCAUUUUGGGUAGAAAUCCUCGUCAUAUGCUUGAAUUAGUUCUUGGUGUAAUACACCAAGGCUCGCUUGUUUUCACACGUGACACUUGUUCAGAUUAUAUUGGUUCGGAGAUGUCAUUUGCCAAAACAAGCGUGCUUAAUUGAACCCCUAAAUUUAGAUUGGUGUACAGGAGGACAGUAGCACUGAAGUCUUUGAGCAUGAUAGCGUCCUAUUUAUUAUUGAGACUAUGUAAAAAUAUGUAAGCUAAAAGCGAUUCCAAUAAAUCUUCAUACUAUUAAAAAA